UCCCUUCCGUAACCCUGCGGGCAAGGCCACUAGAUCACCUCCUGGCUGAGUGGCAGAAAGAGCCCUGCCCCCACCACAGAGGUCACUGCAGGUCACCCACUUGCUUUUCCAACUGAUAUUAACCUGACUUACAGUGUGUUUGGGAAGAGGAGGGGGAAUGUGAUAGCCCUCUGCUGUAUGAGGCUGGAUCUCCAUCUUCCUGAAACUGUUAGGCCUUUUCCAGUCACAACACUCAUGCUGCCGCUCUCUGGUUUCCAUCCCAGGUUUGGACGUCAUGAAAGCCCUUUCACGGUGACUGACUGCAUUUGCUAAUGGGACCUAAGGCAGAGCCCUCCGCCCCACUGCAGUGACUUUUCCUAGUGGGCCCAGCUGGCAGGCCUCACUGUUGAUCAAUGGAGCCCUUGGCAGGAACCGAGGGACAGUGGCAGCCGUGCCUCCCCCUGCCACCACCACUCCUUCUGCCGCCUGCUAACCUGCACGCUGUGGGUGCCCUAGAGACCCCCAGAGGACUGACCGUCUGAGCCAGUUUCCUUCGAGCACCGAGUCCCUCAAGAUGUGGCUGGAGUGGCUGGUGGCCUGGAGCUGGUCUCUGGACGGCCUGAGGGACUGCAUCGCCACUGGUAUCCAGUCCGUGCGGGACUGUGAUGGCACAGCUGUCAUCACUGUGGCCUGCUUGCUCGUCCUGUUUGUGUGGUACUGUUACCAUGUGGGCCGAGAACAGCCCCGACCCCACGUAUCCGUCAACUCCCUCCUGCAGGGCGUGGAUGCCAACGGGUUACAGAACGGAUCCAUGUACUGCCAGUCCCCUGAGUGUGUGCGCUGCACGCACCACGACGGCCUCAACCAGAAGCUCUACCACAACCUGCAGGAGUACGCCAAGCGCUACUCGUGGUCUGGCAUGGGCCGUAUCCACAAGGGCAUCCGGGAGCAGGGCCGCUACCUCAGCAGCCAGCCCUCCAUCCAGAAGCCCGAGGUCUUCUUCCUGCCUGACCUCCCCACCACGCCCUACUUCCCCAGGGACGCCCAGAAGCACGAUGUGGAGCUGCUGGAGCGGAACUUCCAGGCCAUCCUCUGCGAGUUCGAGGCGCUCUACAAAGCCUUCUCUAACUGCAGCCUCCCUCAGGGGUGGAAAGUGAACAGCACCCCCAGCGGGGAGUGGUUCACCUUUGACUUUGUCAGCCAGGGCGUUUGUGUCCCCAGGAACUGCAGGAAGUGCCCUCGGACUUACCGCUUACUCGGCAGCCUCCGGACCUGUAUUGGGAACAAUGUUUUCGGGAACGCCUGCAUCUCAGUGCUGAGUCCUGGGACCGUGAUCACGGAGCACUAUGGGCCCACAAACAUCCGAAUCCGGUGCCACCUAGGUCUGAAGACUCCCAAUGGCUGUGAGCUGGUGGUGGGGGGUGAGCCCCAGUGCUGGGCAGAAGGCCGAUGCCUACUCUUCGACGACUCCUUCCUGCACACCUCGUUCCAUGAAGGUUCUGCUGAGGAUGGCCCACGGGUAGUCUUCAUGGUGGACCUCUGGCACCCAAACGUGGCAGCUGCUGAACGUCAGGCCCUGGAUUUCAUCUUUGCUCCAGGACGAUGAGAACAUUGCCUGGGCCGGAGCCAGGCUGAGUGGAUGGGUAGACUGUGUUAUUGCCUACCCUGACUGUGCUCUGAUCUGUGCUGGGAGCAUGAAUGGCUUCCUGUCACUGCGGGGCGUCUUUCCUUUGGUUACUGGGAACUUCCUAGGUUUCUUUCCCUUUCUGGCUAUUUUCUGGGACUUCUGACCUACUAGUGUGUCCCUUUGGCUGUGACCAGAGGCUCUGUGCCUCUCCCGUCUGUGUCACUUUGCUACCUGGUGUCCUCUCCGUGUUCUGGAAUAGAGUAACCAAAUGGCUGUUUUGUCUAAA